AAAAUAUGCUCGGGAGACGCGUCGUUUUACGCGUAUUUCGGACGCGUUCAUCCAAAGGCCUCAAGAUAGAAUAAACUAUAUAUACGCCCGGUCCUUAUCUUCCCUCCUCAUUCCCAUCGCGAUUUUCGCAAUUUCAGCCUGCAAAUUCCGACAGUGAAUCAGACCUUGGUUUUCUGAAACAAUGGGAGGCGGAAAGGACAAGCAUGACGAAUCUGACAAAGGGCUGUUCAGCCACCUAGCGCAUGGCGCAUCCCAUGGAUAUCCUCCUGGCCAGUACCCUCCUCAAGGAUACCCUCCUCAAGGUUAUCCUCCUCAAGGAUACCCUCCUCAAGGAGGUUAUCCACCUCAAGGAUAUCCCCCACAAGGAGGAUAUCCCCCACAAGGAGGAUAUCCUCCGCAAGGUUAUCCGCCCUCAGGAUAUCCCCCACAAGGAUAUCCCCCUGCAGGCCAUUCUGCUGGCCAUUCAGGGCACGGAGGUAUGGGGGCUCUUUUAGCUGGAGGAGCCGCUGCUGCUGCAGCUGCUUACGGUGCCCACCAGCUGUCUCAUGGCACUCAUCACGUCUCACAUGGAGCCCCCUACGGUGGCGGGUAUGGCUAUGGCCAUGGCCACGGCCACGGGAAGUUCAAGCACGGGAAAUUCGGCGCAUGGAAGCACGGGAAGUUUGGGAAGGGCAAGCACGGGAUGUUUGGAGGGAAGUUCAAGAAGUGGAAGUGAUUAACCGUGUGAUGAAGUUGAAGUGAAUGUUUGCCUCAAAACUCUUUAUGCUUGACUGAUGACUAUAGUGGUCUCUUUGAAUAAACCAUGCUUUUCAAACAUGGAUA